AUGGCGCCCGCACCGCCGAUGGCGAGAGUGCUGCGCGGACCCCGCGAGCCUGUGUGGGGCUGCCAGUGUGGGAAGAACAACAACUGGGCGUGCCGCAUCGUGUGCUCCUGCGGGCGGCAGGCGUCUCAGAAGGUCGUCAACGCCGCCAAGAAAGCGGACCAGGAGGCACGGGACAAGAAGCCUUCACAGAGGGCAGGCGGCACAGGGCUCGUGCGGAAGCCUGCCCCAUGGUCCAAGGAGUACGGCCUCACGGAGAAGCAGAUCCGCGAGCUGGUGCUGCAGUGCAUCUCCCAGCAGGCUGGCAGCCCCAAGUGGACCCCUGCGUCUACGGCACCAGCGUCUUCAGGAGUGGGAGCUGGCAGCAAGGAGCAGACGCAGCAGGGGCAGGGCAAUAUCCAGCAGCGCACGGAGCUCCAGGCGAAGAUCAAUUUCCACGAGAAGUGCAUCAAGGAGUGCAAGAUCGUGGAGGCGGAGGGCGGCCCAAUUCACCUCCUGCACCAGCGGGCUCUCGACGUCCUUCGGCAGCAGGCGCGUGAUUUGCGCCCCCCAGGCGCUGCAUACAAGGCCUCGUCCCAGAAGCUCGCGAGGUGCAUGCAGCAGCUGGACCGCUUCACCAGCGACCUGCAGGGCCUCGAGGCGCAGCUGGCGGCUACCCAGCGCAAGAUCCAGGACAAGCAGGAGGCCAUCGCUGCAAAGCAUGCUGAAGUGGAGGUUCUGCGCAAAGAGAAUGCAAAGCACGAGCAGACCAUGCAGGCCGCACGGGGUGAGAAGCCCAACCCAGUCAUCAAGGAGGAGGACUUGGUGGGUUUCGACCUCGCCGAGCAGCUCGACGACGGCGCAGAGGAGGCCCUCGAGCAAUUCAAGGCGAGCCCCCAUUUCGACAAGAUCCAGGCGGCCCUCCGCAAGCAGGCGGCAGAGAAGCUGGCUACAGCCAUGGCUGAGGAACCUGGUGCUCAUGCUCCUCAUGCUGAGGGCGGUGGCGCAGGAGCACUGGUCAAGGAUGACGUCGGCGCCCUCUGGCAGCAGCUCCUCAGCAGCGGGCAGCAGCCGCCUUCGGACUGGACCAAGGAGAAGCUGGACGACGCGUUCACGCAGGCACGCUGCCUGGGUAACCCGCCCUUGGUCAGCGGGCUACUGGCCGCCAGCGCGGGCGCCAAGCAGCUACAUGUGCCAGCAGCGGUCACUGUCACGCACACCUUCGAGACCUUCAACGCCAACCAGGGAAAGCUAACCCUCCAGAAGCGGCUGCGAAGGUCAACAGCUAUGGUCAUCAUGGCCCAGGAGAUCGGCUACGGCAUCGAUGAUUGCGAGAGCCUCUCUUCAUGGGCAACGGCACGUGGCUGGCAAAGCCUCAUCGUGCCAGGGCUGCCCUCACGAGGGCAUCUCCCCUCUGCAGGCCUGGCAGUGUUUGCCAGGGAGGGGAUCGGGCUGCGCGGGCCCACGUACCCCGGCGACGCCCCGCCCAGACGUGCAGGCAGCGUCAACGAGACCAUCUCGCACGGCACCGAGCUAGUCCGCGGCAGGGCUCAACACGUCGUCGUGGAGCUGCCGAACUGGCCGCCGCUCAACGUCGUCAACGUCUACCUCCACACAGGGGAGGGCAUGAGCAGCCGCAACGCCAGCAUCCUCAUGACGGUGGGGAUCGCGCUCGCGGGCCAGAGGCACCCUGGCAUCAUCGGCGGCGACUGGAACAUGGACGUACAGGUUGUCAAGGACUCUGGUUUCCCCGUGCACGCGCAGCUGGAGAUGGUCACCCCGAGGCACGCGACUUGCAGAACAGCGGCAUCGGUCUCCACCAUCGACUACUUCGGGCUAACCACGGGCUCCAUGCGCAUGCUAGCAGCUUGCAAGGCCGACUUGACCUGGGCAGUAAAGCCGCAUCGACCAGUUCAGUUACAACUGACAGCGGAGGGCACCAAGCUCAGGUACCUCACCUACGUCGGAGGCGCGAAGAUACCAGCGCAGACUGUGCACGGCCCAUUCCUCGAGGAGAGCAGCUGGUCCCUGGAGCGCAGCUUUGCUGAGCAGGCGCUGAUUUUGGCCAAGGAGGCGCCCGCUGCUGUCGCCUGGCGCUUUCUCUCGAAGGCUUGGGGCCGAUGGGCGACCAGAGCGGCCUCGAGGCUCGGGCAUCUCACAGCUACGGAGAUGCGGGCCAGCGCCUACGCUCGCCCGCUUCAAGCCAAGUGGGUCGAGCGUGAGCACCAGGUCCUCACGGAGGAGGAAGUGCAGGCAAUCGCGGAUGGAUGGAAGUGGCCGCAGGAUUGCCUGGCGGGCCUCUCCACUGCGAAGGCGAAAGCCAGGACACCUGAAGGCCGACAGGUUCUCGACAACGAGGUGCAAGGCUUCCUCACUGGUGACUACUGUGGCCAGAACCUCAGCGCGCGGCUUGACGCAUCUGUGCGGCAAGCUCGGCAGCUAGCGCAGAGGAAUUUCAGCAGUGAGGACAUCAUGACUUUCUCGGAAGACAUUGAAGAGGAUGUCAAAUUCGCCAUGCAGCAAGCGAACAAGGAAUCUUCGAAGCGCUGGAAAGAGUGGUGUGACGGGGCCUGCGCUGGCGGAGCGAGGAAGCUUCACAAGGUCACGCGAGUACGAGAGGUUCAGGCCCCCACUACGGUCAAUGACUCGGAGAACGGCAUCACAGGGCACCCGCACUUCGUAGUCAAGGAUAUGGAGGCGCACGCCAUCGAGCAGUACGACGUAUACGUCACGCUCCACCCGCUGGUCAGGUUCGCGUCCUACAUCGACGACACCUCCCUCGGCAUCAACGGGGCCGCCAAGGAGAACGUCAUCCUGCAAGCGGUCGCGGCGGGCAAUGCCUUUUUCAAGGUAGCUGAGAAGCUCGGCGCCCGCAUCAAUGAUAAGCUGGCGGUGGUGGCCAGCUCAGAUGAUAUUGGGAAGGAAGUGGUGCGGCAGCUGAAGUUACCCACAGACAUGAAUCGCAGUCGGGCAACCUACCUGGGCACGGACUUCGCGGGGGCACGGAGAAGGCGAGGGAAGCUCCUACGCGCCAAGCAGCAGGCGCGCCAUAAGAUCUACAAGCAGAGGCUGCGCAAGCUGGGCAGAUUUCGACAUCGACUUCCAGGACAGCAGACGCAGCGGACGGCCAAGAUCUUCCGAGCUGGAGCUCGACCAGCGGCCACUUUCGGCGUGGAGAUCAACGGGCUCACAGACAGGGAGCUCCACAAGCUGCGCACGGACUUCGGCAAGUUCAGCAACCUAGCGAACAAGCUCGGACUAGGAGAGGGCAAGCGCGCCACCUUCGACAUCCUAGCCCCCCUGGUCUCCCUGCGAAGCAAGCGGUACACGGCGCACCAGAAGUUCUGCAUCAUGAAUGUCGCGUGCAGUGGCGUCUGGGAACAGGACGCGAGUAUGGAGGUCGCCACCGAUGGCUCGUGCACCAAGCCGCCCAUCAAGGAAUUCCAGCGAGCAGGGUGGAGCCUCGUCCUGCUCGAUCCCCGCUCAGACAGGCCGCUGGCGACCAUGCACGGAGCUGUACCUGCCUCCUUGCCCCAAGAAUCGGCUGUCGGAGAGCAUCUGGCGGCGGCCUUCGUGUCGCAGGUUGCGGACCGACCAUGCACCGUCCACGCCGACUUCAAGGGCGUUGUCCACCUGGGAAACAAGCAGAAGGAGCUGCAGCUGAAGGCCAGGACCCCCUACGCGUGCUUCGCCCACUUCGCGCAAUCGCUCGACGGCUUCACGCACGUGCAGCAGUAUGCCCACGUCAAGGCGCACCGCUCUGGGGACGACUACGCAGCGCUCUCCGACAGCCAGAGGAGGGUCACGGACGCGAACAUCGUGGCGGACCUCAGGGCCAAGGAGGCAGCGGCGAUCCACCCCGCUACCGAGCAGGAGAUAGUGGAGGAGAUGCAGAAGGGCGUCGACAGAAUCAGCCAGAUUGCGAAGCUGAUUGCCCACGUCAUGCCCAUCUUCGACAAGGACGACCAGCUCAGGUGGACCAGGAGAGCACCGACCCUGCGGCGGGCAGCGAGCACGAGGAAAGCAACAUGGCACCAAUGGCAAGAUGGCGAGCUGGGCGUGCAAUGCAUCACCUGCCUACAGAUGCACAUGCCAGGGCAGCCACUCCCCCUCACGGGGUGCCCUGGGAUGGCCACUUUCCUGCUGGACCAUCGGCGCAACCCCAACGGCCACAAGCUGGUAGCGGUCAACCAGAAGGGCACCUUGGACACCUUGGAGAGCGACGCGAAGGACACCUACAGGCCAGUGUUCAUAUGUGUGAAGUGCGGGGCUUGGGCGCUGCAGCGGCGCAAGGCCAAGUUACGGCAGCCUUGCGUAGCUGCCACCACCAAGGGCCUCGAGGUCCUCCACAACCUGAGGCGCGGUGUCGGUCCUUUCAAGAAGCUGAAGAGGUUUAUCGACCGCACCACCCCGCUUAGGCGGCUGGAGGCGACGAGCGAGGUACACACCACCUUCACGAAGGUCGACAUCCUCAGCGGCACCGAUGUGGCGGCGCCUGUGGCAGGGUUCGAGAGCAGGGGUGCUCAAGGAGCUGCUGCUGCUGGUGGACCCAGUGCCACCGCCAGCUCGGGACAGCGGCGUGAGGCCAAGCAGGGCGUCGCCUCCUCGGCCGCGGCGGGCUUCGUGGAGCACAUCGAGGAGUAUGCGGCUGCUGGGGCUGCUGGCGCGGGGGCGCUGCGCGGCUCAGCGGCGACCCUCAACGGCUCGGACGCGCUGGACGAACAGGUCGUGGACCCGCUGCGCGACGACGAGCACGGCAUUCAGGCGGCAGUCGCUUGGGAGGUGCGCGGCAUGGGCACGGACUGCUUCGACGGCUCGGCCGCGCUGGACGUCCAGGUCGAGGGCGCGAUGGACGACGACGAGCACGACGCCGAGGCGGCAGCUGCUGCAGAGGUGCUCGGCCUGGCGAUGGACCUCGACAGCUCGAGCGCGCUGGACGACGGCCUCCUGGGCGCGCGGGGUUUCGGCGCUGAGGAUACCGUUGCUGGGGAGGCAGGCAGCUCGCUGGCAGUCAUCGAUGGCUCGGGCGCGCUGGACGACGACAUCAAGGGCGCGCUGGGCGGCGCUGUGCACGACGCGGAGGCCGCAGCUGCGGGGGCGGCAAGCGGCCUGUCGGCGGGCGUCGACGGCUCGCACGCGCUGGACGUCGCCCCCGUGAGCGCGCUGGGCGACACCGCGCACGGCGCCGGGGCGGCUGCUGCGGGGGCCGCGAGCGGAUCGGCUGCGGCAGGCGGCGCCUCGGACGCGCUGGACGGCAACGCCGCGGCGGCGCUGGGCUCGCUGGGAUUCGCCGAGCGCGUCGCCCGUCUCCUGGCGGCGGCUGGCGCGCGCGAGCAGCAGCCCCCAGGCGCGGCCGCAACCAGCCUGGGCGAGCGCGACGGCGGCAGCGACUCCACUGCAGCCGAGGGCAGCGGGCGCGGCGCUGAGGCGGCCGCAGCGGGGGCAGUGCGAAGGCCGUCGGCCACGUACCCCCCUCUGCGCCACGGGCACGCCUGGGAAAGAGUCCCCGCCCUCGGCGGUUGGCCAGGGCCCUGGGAUCCUCGGGCCGCACCGAGCGUUCGAGGGCAAGGACGUGGUCACGGCGGCGUGAUCGACGACCACGUGGCCGAGCUGGACGGCGACCGCCGUGGCCCGCUCGGGGGGCCCGAGCACGGCGACGCAGGUGCUGCUGCUGGGGCAUUGCCGCGGGCGGCCAGGGCCGGCGCUGACUCCGAGGAGUCGAGGGCGAGCGCGGAGGCCAGGGCAGCCGCCUUCAAGCAGCUCGUCGCGCUGGCGGAGCUCAAGGUUUCCCCGAAGACCACGGUGAUCGCGUCUUCGGCUGCGGUAGCCCUCUACGUGCACACCUACCUCAAGCGCGCGGGCUACACCAUCAAGGCGUCCCGCACUGCGGUCGACCUGGGCAUCGAGACCGUCGGAGCCCGUCGCAGAGUGGCGGCCAAAGCAGCUCAGAGGGCGCAGAAGGGCAAGCGCAGGACUGGACGAAUCAUAUCCAAGAUCCGCAGGCACGCCUCGCUUGCCAAGAGUACGAAGGGCCUCUGGACAACGGGAUCCCGCCCGCAGGGCACCUACGGCCACCAGGUCAUGGGCCUCUCCCCGCGCACCAUCACCGAGCAGAGGCGUCAGGCCGUGCAGGUCGCAGCGGGGAAGGUCCCUGGACGCUGCCUCGCAACCGCCCUAGCCGUGAUCCUGGGCGACAAUGACCCAGGCAUCGAGCUCAGAAUGCAGCCCAUCUUGGAGUGGAACUUCUGGCUCGCGAACCCGAACUACCACCAGCGCAUCGGCAAGGCCUGGCGGAUCAUCUACACGAAGGUCACCUGCAGCAGCACGAGGCGCUGGAGACAGGUGGUGGGCCCCAUCUCCGCCGUCCAGGUCGACCCGUCGCAGUUGGCCCUGGAGUUCCGUCAGUCCAUCGAGAGCGGCUACUGGCAGGCUAAGGGACAGCGCGCCACUCUGCUGCAGAGCGCCUUGAGUGCCAGCACUCACUCCUUUGUGCUCCACUCGAGCAAGUACAGGGCGUCGCUCGGGGGCCUGCCGGCGCGGAGCAGGCUCGAGGACCCGGGGAGCCGCGGCGAGGCCUUCUCGGAGCUCUACAGCUGGGUCAAAGCCAGGCAGAGGGCGGCCCCGAGCCUGGCAGAGGCCGGGCGGAUGAUCGACGCGGACCACCGUCGCAGCAUCUUCGCCUUCCUCUGCGGCCUCCUCGCGCAGGGGAACUCCAUGCGCUCGCGGUGCCGCGAGGUGCUCUCGCUGCUCGCGGACACGGAGGAGUGGUGCGCCGGCGACGUUGCCGACCAGACGGCGCUGGCGGAGGCGCUUGCGCAUUCCCACGGCCUGCGCGUACAAGGUCUGGGCGCCGAGGCGACAGCCACCGUCUCUGCGCCGGACUUGGGCGCCAGCUCCCGCUAUCCGGCCGUCCAGUCGGCGCAGGCCGACAUCGCCAGGGCCGUGCAGAAGGCGCAGGCCGACAUCGCCAGGGCUGUCCAGAGGGCGCAGGCCGACAUCGCCACUGCGUCGGGCUGUCCAGAGGGCUGUCCGAGGAGCGCGCCGUGGAGGUGCCCCAGGGAUGCCUCGUCGCUGGCAGCGGCGGCCGAGGCUCCCGGAGUGGAGCUGGGCACUGCCGGCUCUGAGCGGCUGUUCGCUCCUGCGCAUGAGCCAGCGAGCCUCGCCGACUACGAGAAGAUGUUCUCCCCUGAUCGCCAGUUUGUUCGUCUGCAGACGGAGCGCUCAGCUGCGAGGGACCUGCGGGAAUCGCAGAUCCUCCAGGCGCCGCGGGCCCGCGCCGCCUCCGCCCCGCGCGCGGCGGCCUCCACGAGCUCCCCCGCCGCGGGGGCGGAGUCCGAGACCGUGCGGGAGAUGGCCGAGGAGAUCCGCAGCCUCCGGUCGGCGGUGGCGCGCCUGGAGGCCCAGCACGGCGAGCCCCGCGCCCCGGCCCGCCCGCUCUCGGGCCGCCGCAGCGCGGCGCCGCAGCUGCGGCCCGCGGGCGCCUCGGCGGCCACCGCGGCCCUCCACGCCGCGCAGGGAGCGCCCGCAGCGGGAGCCGCUGCAGGGCACCCCGCAGAGACAGGCGCGGAGGCUCUCGGCGGGCUCGGGCUGCGCGUCGCCGGGCCCGCCGCCGGGGAGGGCGGCGGCGGCCGCGGGCGCCCGCGGCGGCAUGCUGCGGCAGGGCUCCUCCGGGACGCUGCCGCGGCAGGGCAGCUCGGGGGCGCUGGAGCAGGACUGCGAGUUCGAGAUCGAGCAGCCGAGGCAGCCCAAGCAGGACCGGCAGCGGCGCGAGAGGAACCAGUAUUGGGGGCCGGGGCCGAUCCCGGCGGAGUACUUGGCCGCGCUGCGCGACCUGUGGAAGUACUGCGUGGAGGAGCACCUGGUCGUGCGGAUGUUCUCCGACAAGCUGGAUCAGCAGCUCUUCGCCCUCCAAAGCUGGAAAAGCCACGUGGUCGCGGACUUCGACAGCGUCACGGAGGUGUUGGACAUGCUGCUGAAGUGGCCG